UUACUCAGUUCCUGUAACAGUGUGUUCGUGAUCAAAGUAGGGAGUGGGACAAAAAAGGGGGCUCUUGCUUCAUUCUGCAAGAACAUUAGCCUCGAGAGUCGCAGACUGUAACUCAAUUAUAAAGCCACCUUUCAGCCCAUCUCUGUAUAGCACAGGGAAUUAUACUGAAUUUAUUUUCUACCGUGGAAAGGCGGGGAAUACAAAGCACUGUGCCAUAUACAGUACUUUGAAUGCAUCUGUUAUACAUCAAAUACACAAGAAGCAACUUUACCUUAACGUCUUGACUUAUUGGAAGAUUUACGUCUACUAACCCAGUACAUGGAUUAUCUGUGUUUCAGAGCUCUCUGCUGCAAAGGACCACCUCCUCCAAGACCUGAAUAUGAUGUGGUUUGUAUAGGCCUGACAGGCUCUGGAAAGACAAGUCUCCUCUCAAGACUUUGCAGUGAAGGCACUGAGAAUAUUGUGCCUACCACAGGUUUUAGCAUCAAAGCAGUUCCAUUCCAGAAUGCCAUCCUGAAUGUAAAGGAACUUGGAGGUGCUGACAAUAUCAAGAAAUACUGGAGUCGCUAUUACCAGGGGUCACAGGGGGUUAUAUUUGUACUAGACAGCGCUUCUUCCGAAGAGGACCUAGAGAUUGCCAGGAAUGAACUGCACUCAGCCCUCCAGCACCCCCAACUCUGCACAUUGCCGUUUUUAAUACUGGCCAACCAUCAGGACAAGCCAGCAGCUCGCUCUUUACAAGAGAUUAAGAAGUAUUUUGAAUUGGAACCCCUGGCAAGAGGAAAACGAUGGAUUCUGGACCCUAGUUCAGUAGAUAAUAUGGAUUUAGUGAAAGAAAGUUUCAGCCACUUGAUCAAUCUACUGGAAGAAAAGGACUUGGAGCCUGGAAGAAUAUGAAAUAAAUAAAUCCCUGAAGAGAAAAAUAAAACACAACAAAACCAGAGACUGUCUUAGGAAACUUGGUGUUUCUCUGUACUGUAUUGUGUCAGAUGAAGGGUAUGUUUCAAUGGUAUCUCUAUCUGAGAAACAGAUUACAAGUGCAGAUUGCCACCUGCAAUCAUAUCCUCUUGAAAGAAUUUAUUAAGUGGAGCUCCUAUGAAAGAAUUCAGCACAAGUUGAAUCCGGGUGGCAAAAUAAAUUAAAAAAUAUAAAUAUACUAAUUGGUUACUACUGUUUGUGCCAUUUUACUGAACCAGUGUGGUAAAAUAAAUAGCUCAAAGGUAACUUGCACAUUGCUACUAAUUAUUUUAUAUCUUAACACAUACAGUAUGCUUGAUUUGUAGAUUGACUGACAAGCAUGGUUAUCAAGUGCAUUUAUAAAAUAUCUUGAUAACACAGAAUGUUUUAGUAAUUAACUUCUAGUCUAAAGCCUUAUGUGAUGUGCAUAAAAAUAAUAAAAUUUCAGUAUGACUUUACAAAAAAGGCUUUACAAAACAAGACUAAUCUGCUAGACUUCAGUCUUUUCAAUUACCUUAUCCCUGAUCUACUGUAAGGAGCAUGCAAAUCAUACUUAUUUGGUGUUACAUGUUAUCGAGAAGGAAGGCUCUUACACAUAAAAUACUUAAAAAAGGAUUAUAGUAUAUCAAUUUCUAUACCACCACUUGAGAAAUAUCUUGAAUUGCAUGCUGCAGCACUGAAAGCAAAGCAUGAAAUGUAGAAAAUGAAUAACUGUUUUUUUAAAAAGAAUGAAAUUAAGGGAUCCUCAUUUUCAGCCAAUGACAAUGUACAGUAUAUUGUAGAUAGGAAGUUGCCAGAAUUGAUGUUUUAAACAACAUUGUUAGGUAUGUCUGUUGGUUUUUUGAAGAUGGAACUUUCAGAUGGAAAGGGUUGAUGGUCUUUUUCUAGUGCUGUAAAUUCUCUUCUGUCCACUCAUAUGGAGCAUUCAACUGAAGUGUAAGACCAAAAAAUGUCAAGUCUUAUGUUGACUUAAGUCUGUAAAUGCAUAAUGGGCUAUUUUAAUAUGUGAUCCAUUUCUUUUUUAUAAACGUUCAUUAUCUUUUGAAAAAAGUCAACUUUAGACUUGAGUAUUAAGACUCUGUGGUAUGUGGUGUUCAGCAUUUGGCUAAAUUACUUCUGUGUGUGUGAUCGUGGUGGCAGAAUAAAAACACUAUCAAUCAGCAGCCACAACAGCUGUUUUUGACAAGUCCCUGUCUGACGCUUAAUGCCUUCCAACUGUCAGAGACUUCCCCUCCCUGUCUGCCACCUCUGUCUUGUUGCUCUCAUUCAUGCGCUUGUACUUCUAACACUUUGCAAUUGUGUUCACAAUUUCUCCCUGUUUUUCUGCAUUUUUCAUAAUUUCUUCACCUCUCCAUUUUAUGUGCCAGAGGUGUCUCAAAGUGCUUAGUGCAAAACUAUUUUAAUAAAAUUCUGUGAUAACUGAAACUUCUUUUUAGAGUAUUGCUUGGUGUAUUUUUGUCGUAUUUAUAGAACCUACUAAAUUUUUAUACCCUUUUAGCCAAUUCAGCUGCCUUUUUUGUAAUUCAAUUAUAAUAUCAGGAAUUUGUACAUUUAUUAUAGGUCAUCUUGUUUGUUGAAGGGCAAAAGCCUGUGUUUGUACUUGGAAAAAAAAAUCUGUAUUUAACAGUUUGCUCAGUUGGGUGGAAUACCAACAGUCAUUCACAAGUUAUACUGUGUAUAUGUGUGAUUUAUACGUGAUUUCCGCUGUCCAGUACUGACAAUAAAGGCUGAAUAGAGGA